AUGGGGAUAGGGAACGGAUGGAUGAUGGGGAUCAACCCCGCGCUCCCAUUGGGCGUUCCCUGCGAGCAAAGGAAGCGCCCUUGCCUCGCUUUAGGGUUCUUGAGCGAGCGCGCGCGCGCGCGCCCGGGCCAGCGCUCCGAGAUAUCCGUUGCAGCGCGAUUCAACCGGUCGCGACGCGAUCGAUCGGUGGAGCGUGUGUUUGUUUUGGUUCCAUUCUUCCAUCGGACGAGGGAAGAGGGGGAUUUUCUUGCGCAGACCCAAUCCGUUUGGCCGUGGGCGGGGCUAGGGUUUUUCAAUCGCGGGGCUAGAAUGCAAGGCGGCGGCAUGGAGCAGCGCAACCGGCAUUGGCAUGAGCGGCGCGGCGCUACAUCCAAAUAUUUCGCGCUCGCGCUUCUUCUUCGUCUUGGCGGCGGCAAAGGGAAAUAUUUCGCGCUGGAAGGCUACGAUAAGCAGCGGUGGAGAGGGGAAGGCGACCUCCUGAGAUCACUCUACGGCAUGGAAGGGAGGGAGCCCCCAUCUGGGCUCUCGCCCUCCAAUCUCCAGCAGCACCAGCAGCACCAGCAGCACCACUCCAUGGCCGCCGCGCAGCAAGCUCCAUCCUUCUCCGCCAUUCUCCAGCGCGGCCCGAUUCCUCCCGGCAUUCAUCACCUCCCAUCGCCCCCCGGCUUGCAUGCUUCAUCGGGGCUCCGCCCGGCCUCCAUCGCCAGCCCUAAUCCCUCCGGGCAAGCGCCCGGCGGCUAUCCUGGCGAUGGCAUGGCUCUCGUACCACAGCAGCUCGGCGGUGGCGGCGGCGGUGGUGGUGGCGGCGGCAGCGGCGGUGGCAGCGGCGGGGUGAUGGGCGGCGGCGUUGUGGGUAGCGUCCGGCCUGGGGAGCCUGUCAAGAGGAAGCGGGGGAGGCCCAGGAAGUAUGGAGACGGUGCCAGUGGCAGCAGCAGUGUGUCGCUCGCGCUCACGCCUCUCUCCUCCGUCAGCCCGAUAUCAUCGGUCACUACCACUCCCACAGAGAAAAGGAGAGGCCGGCCUCCCGGGUCUGGGAAAAAGCAGCAACUUGCAGCUCUUGGCUCCGCUGGACAAGGCUUCACUCCUCAUGUCAUCACGAUCGCUGCUGGAGAGGAUGUUGCCACCAAAAUCAUGUCUUUCUCGCAAACUGGACCCCGGGCAGUCUGUGUUCUGUCCGCCAACGGUGCCAUUUCAAAUGUUACGCUUCGUCAACCGGCUACUUCUGGUGGCACUGUGACAUACGAGGGUCGUUUCGAGAUCCUCUCCCUGUCAGGAUCUUUCCUCCUCACCGAAAGCGGGGGCACGCGAAGCAGAACAGGCGGUCUGAGCGUGUCCCUGGCCGGACCAGAUGGACGCGUCGUUGGCGGUGGAGUCGCCGGGCUUCUCAUGGCUGCCACUCCCGUUCAGGUGGUUGUAGGGAGCUUCAUUGCGGACACGCGCAAGUCUGUGCCAUUGCGGGCCAUGGACAGCCCGCAGGGCGCCUCCGCCUCCGGAUCCAUGCAGAGGCCAACCAAGAACGAGUCAGGGGCGAGGAGCCCGGAUAGUCCUCACAUGGAACAGCAGAGCAGCGGCGCUGGUGGUGGUCCUGGUGGUGGCGCUGGUGGUGGCGCUGGUGGUGGCGGUGGCGGUGGCGGUGGCGGUGGUGGAGGCAGCCUGUUGCAGCACUCGCAGCACUCACAGCACUCGGUCCAGGGGAUGGGCAGCUUAGGAGGAUGGUCGAGUAGCCAGACGCUCGCGGAGCCGCGGCGUGACACAGAUAUCAACAUACCGCUGCCGAACGGGUGA